GUGCUGACGUCACACGCAGCGUCUCUACCGGUGCGAGUAGGCCGCAGCCUGAGGAGAGGGUUGCCUGCCCUUCAUUGAGUGAGGUAGCGCUAUCGCGGAGUCCAUGUCUUUUCUUCGGUGGGUGUCCGAAAAGUUCAUUGUUGAGGGCUUAAGGGAGUUCGAACUAUUUGGAGGCACUGCAGUCUGGUUUUGUUGGGUGAAAGAAAAGAAAGAGAGAUUUGAGAAGACAAAUGAGGCGAGCUCCGAGUCGAUAGCUUCAUCCCAUAAAAGGGACAUCAUGAGCAACUUCCUCCCAGACAGCAGCUGUUAUGAGUUGCUCACUAUCAUAGGCAGAGGCUUUGAAGACUUGAUGGUUGUAAACCUGGCCAGGUAUAAACCCUCAGGGGAGUACGUCACUGUCAGAAGAGUUAACCUGGAAGCCUGCACCAAUGAAAUGGUCACAUUCUUGCAGGGAGAACUUCAUGUCUCCAAGCUCUUCAACCACCCUAAUAUUGUGCCAUACAAAGCAACGUUCAUAGCUGACAAUGAGCUAUGGGUAGUGACAUCUUUCAUGGCCUAUGGCUCUGCAAAAGAUCUAAUCUGUACCCAUUUUAUGGAUGGGAUGAGUGAAUUGGCUAUUGCAUAUAUUCUCCAAGGAGUCUUGAAAGCACUUGACUACAUCCAUCAUAUGGGCUAUGUACACAGGAGCGUGAAAGCCAGCCAUAUCCUGAUUUCUGUAGAUGGGAAGGUGUAUCUCUCAGGCCUGAGAAGUAACCUGAGUAUGAUUAACCACGGGCAGCGCCUCAAAGUCGUUCACGACUUUCCCAAAUACAGCAUCAAAGUCCUACCUUGGCUCAGCCCUGAAGUCUUGCAGCAGAAUCUUCAGGGAUAUGAUGCAAAAUCUGACAUUUACAGCAUAGGGAUCACAGCUUGUGAACUGGCAAAUGGACACGUACCAUUUAAAGACAUGCCUUCUACUCAGAUGCUCUUGGAAAAGCUGAAUGGAACUGUUCCCUGCCUGCUAGACACCACCACAAUUCCUGCUGAUGAGCUGACUAUGAAAACCUCUCGUUCAAGUGCAAAUUAUGGGCUGGGUGAGAGCACGGCUGUGAGCAACGUGAGAGCAGCCAAUGGAGAGUCAAACCUGCACCCUUAUCUUCGGACCUUCUCCUCCUGCUUCCAUAACUUUGUUGGGCAGUGCCUUCAGCGGAACCCAGACUUCAGGCCAAGUGCAGGCGCUCUGCUUAAUCAUCCCUUUUUCAAGCAGAUCAAGCGUCGUGCUUCUGAAGCACUCCCUGAACUCCUGCGCCCUGUUACACCCAUUACCAACUUUGAAGGGACGCGGCCCCAGGAUCCCAGUGGCAUUUUUGGGCUGGUUUCAAACCUGGAGCAGCUGGAUGUGGAUGAUUGGGAGUUCUAGAAUAACAGAGACUCUGCUUGGUUCUGGAGGAGCUUUCUGGACAUUGUAAUUUAUUGUUCCUGAGUCAUAAAAGGUGAUGAAUGUUACACAUAGAAGAGUUUACAGGUCCUUGGGAAGGAACUUUCAGCUGCCUGUUUACUUGGAAAGAAGCCUGGAAACAAAUGGACAGACCGGAGCUGCGGAGCAUUCAGGGUGGUGCAGUGCCCCAUAGUCCAGUUCUUGCAGCUGAGUAGCAGGAGAACACAAGAACGGGUUGAGUGAAUCUGUUCAGUUAUGGUCUCUUUCCCCUUGUUUCUAAAAAGGAUUGGCUUCCUCGUCUCACA